CCCAUCUCUUUCCUCCUUCCCCACGCCACGAUGUCCGCGUUUCCCGGCCGCCCGCGCCGCGCCGCGCCGCCCACCCGCCCAACAUUGACCGACGAGCAGCGCGGCGAAGUGCGCGAAGCGUUCGAGCUCUUCGAUACGGACAAGGACGGAUUUAUCGACUACCACGAGCUCAAGGUUGCGCUGCGUGCGCUCGGCUUCAACUUGCGUAAACCCGAGGUGUUGAAGCUCCUGCGCGAACACGAUCGCGGGGAUGGGUUGAUGAGCCUCGCGGACUUUGAGAAGAUCAUGACGGAGAAAAUCCUCGCGCGCGAUCCAAUGGAGGAGCUGCGGCGCGCGUUUGCGCUCUUUGACGACGACCACACAGGCAAGAUCAGUCUCAAGAACUUGCGGCGUGUGGCCAAGGAACUGGGCGAGCAUCUUGGAGACGAGGAGCUCCAAGCAAUGAUCGACGAGUUCGACAUGGACGGCGACGGCGAAAUCAGCCAGGAGGAGUUUAUUGCCAUCAUGCUCGAUGGCGAGUAGCGGCACGCAGUGUAUAAUGGUCGUCUAUGUAUUCAUCCCAGUGUUCUACAG